AUGUUAAACCUCUCGAGCUUUGUGCAAAAGGCUCAACAGCUGUUGGACCCGACGCAGGGCUUAAAUCUCUCCGAAUCGGACCGGAACCCGUCCAAGGCCUCGCUCUUCCAGAGCCAGUUUCGCCUGCCGUCGUCGCAGCAUCCUCUGUACGAGAUAACAGCCGAGCUCACGAUUCCGCCCGCGAAUGCCACGCAGGGCGACAGGGAUAGAGACCGCGGCUUUCAAUAUGCCGGAAAGCUGCAUCUUUCCGAAGCCUACCUCUGCUUCUCCACCACGCCCUCCAGCUUCCAACAGUCGGCCAGCACGUCUAGUUCCUCGAUAUUCACCGGCCAAACCCAUGGCGGAGGGCCAAGCGGCAAUGGCUUUACCUUCCCGCUCUGUGCCAUUCGAAGAGUCGAGCGCCUUCACAGUCAAACAUUCCAGUUCGCCCUCUCCAUCGCAACAUGGAACGGUAUCAGUCAAGAUGCCGCCAAGGAGAAGGACAAGAAGGACCUCAAGGAACAGCGCAUAACAGUCCAGCUUGCCGGCACGCGGCCCGCCUGCGAACGCUUUUGCGACGGCUUGAAGAAGGGCCUGCGGGCAAACGUCGGGAAUGUUGGGAAGCUAAAGAAGGUCACAGCCGAGUGCUAUUCAGAAUACCUUCUCCGCCCGGAGGACAAGAAGAAUGCCAGUCCUCCCGAUGCCGGGUUAGGCAUGCUCUUCAAAUACCCCGGGGACCCCAAAAAGCUCCGCGACCGGGCCAAGAUGAGGCUGUGGGCCGAGUAUCUACGCGACAACGGGCGGAACGUGACGUUGAUCCGCCAGCCCACCUUUCACAAGCUGAUCAGGGUCGGCUUGCCAAACAGGCUAAGAGGCGAGAUGUGGGAGCUGACGUCUGGCUCCAUCUAUCUGCGACUUGAGAACCCGACGCUGUAUUCCGAUACGCUCUCCAAGUUCUCCGGGAGGGAGUCGCUGGCGAUUGACGAGAUUGAGAAGGACCUGAACAGGAGCCUUCCGGAAUAUCCCGGCUUCCAGAGCGAGGAAGGCAUUGGCCGCCUCCGCCGGGUCCUCACGGCCUAUAGCUGGGUCAACGCCGACGUAGGCUACUGCCAGGCUAUGAACAUUGUCGUGGCGGCGCUGCUCAUUUACAUGUCUGAGACCCAAGCCUUUUUCCUCCUUUCCGCCCUGUGCGAUCGGCUAGUGCCCGGAUAUUACUCCACCACCAUGUAUGGCACCCUCCUUGAUCAAAAGGUAUUCGAGUCCCUAGUGGAGAAGACGAUGCCCAUCCUGUGGGAGCAUCUUGUCAAGAGUGACGUCCAGUUGUCCGUCGUUUCACUCCCCUGGUUUCUGUCGCUCUACAUCAAUUCAAUGCCUCUGGUUUUCGCCUUCAGAGUUUUGGAUGUCUUCUUUGUCGAAGGACCCAAAGUUCUGUUCCAAGUUGGCUUGGCUAUUCUCAGGAUUAACGGAGAGGAGCUUCUCGACGCGGCUGACGACGGCGCCUUCAUAUCGGUCCUCAAAUCCUACUUUGCUCGCUUAGACGAGUCAGCCCACCCCAAGUCGGAGAACCCGAAGCUGAGAGCUGUGACGAAAUUCCAGGAGCUCAUGGUCGUUGCAUUCAAGGAGUUCUCGGGUAUCACACACAGCAGCAUCACGGAGCUUCGCUUGAAGAAUAAAGAUGCCGUCUUAAACAAUAUCGAGAGUUUCGCCAAACGCACUGCAAUCAGGAAUUUGUCCCCGGACAGCAAGCUGCUGAGCAACGACGAGCUGGGCGCAUUAUACGACAGGUUUUAUGGCGUGCUGUACGAAAGACAGCAGCGGGACCACAUUCUAAAGCAGGAACAGGCAAGGCGGAACAAAAGCAGCAGGUCACGGAUUGCAGAGGUUGCGAGCGAGGGUGACCACGGCAUAGAAAAGGGACGGGUUGGCCUGGGUCCGAGCACCAGCCUGAUGGACUACGACGCGUUUCGUGAAUUUCUCGCCGGCAUGUCUAAAUGGGCCAUUUCAGACUCUCCCACCACUCCCCGCCGUGAGGCUCUUGCAGACAAGGACAAGGGCUUUUACAGCAGCUUCAAAAGGUCUGAUGCACUGCUAUCUCCUUGGGGUGCCGGCCCUGAGCCCGCGGACCACGAAUUCUUAAGGAGACUGUUCCAGAAGUGGGACGCCGACUCAUCCUCAACCCUCACACUCCAAAAGGUUGUCUCAGGCUUGGCCCGCAUCAAAGGCAAGCGAGACAUUAUGGGGACCAUUAGCUAUUUUUUUGAACUGUACGACGACGAUGGCGAUGGCAAGGUUGACAGAGAAGGCAUCCUACGCAUGUCUGAAGCCUUGCUGUUCCUCUCUCGACGUGGGCUCGAGGGCACGCUCAGUCCUUCAAAUUCAACUUUGACCCUCAGUGAAGGCGCAAACGCGGGCCAAAACGAUGUGCCGGGCCAGUCUGUAAAUGAGAGAUUCCUCGGCAGUGUCAGCGCCUUUAUAAGGAGGUGCUUUGAAUACGCCGAUCCCGACCAUCCUAGCAACCAGCACAACGCUGUGCGAGAGGUGCAAGAAAAGCUUCAAGCAGCCCAGCUGAAGGAGACGGCGAGCGAAGAGCUUGCAAGCCCUGACGCGUUCGCUAUUGGCGAUGACGACGACGACGACGACGACGACGACGACCUAUUAGCGAUGGAGUCGCCGACUGGGAGCCCCAAGCAAGCUAAAAGAUCUGACGUGCCAGGCGAUCAGCAGCCGCCAGAACUCCAGCUCAACUCGGUUCAGUUAACCCCUGAUGAGGAUGACUUGGCGUUGCGGCGACGUGUGUCCAAAGCCCAAUCUGAGAAGGCUAAUAUCGCCCUCGACCCGUCCAAUCCCUUGCACAUUACGCUUCCAACCUUCCGCAUGGUUGUUCUUGCUGAUGAAUUGCUCGAACAAUUCUUCGAAUCCUCAUUCCCCACCUCUUUCCACAUCAUCGACAACCUCGGCUCAUCUAAUACUCCAACAAGCGCCUCAUCCCUGACCACCUUCUCCAGCCUUGGCAUCGGCGCCGGGCGUGCGGUCAACGCCGCUCUUGGCGGAGCCCCAGUGGCCACAGCACCUGCCGUCGGCCGGGGUCUGCGCGGCGUGCUCGACAACAUCGUCACGGACGGGAUGCGCGUAGCGGCCGAGGUACGGCGCCGGAUGGAGGAGGCGCAGAAGGAGUUGGAGAAGAAUGCGCUUCCGGGUCAGCGCAAUGAUGAGGAGGAUGAAGAGGAUGAAGAUGAUCCCGCCGGCGGUGAGCGGUCGUCCGGGGCCGGCAAGGGCGUGGCCUAUGGCGGUGACCCCGAGCGUCGCAGUGUACGGAGCUCGGAUAGAGAUUUGCUUACGGGAGCUGACGCAGAGGCCAGCGGCACGAGCCGUGUCGGCGAUGGCAUCGUUACGGGCGAUCUCUCUGUGGAUGGGGCUGGACCGAGCAGCGGUUCUGGGGCCGGCCCCGGCAAGGUGGUCGGGGUCGAGUUUGACGGGUAG